GCACUGUAGUUCAGUAAGUAUGGUUACAGGACCCUGAGUCUCAGUGUAUUUUUAGGGCGGGGAACAUUUUAAUGAGCGAGUUUCUAGACGGGCAAGUUUACAGUCGAAACAGAACACCACUUGGCUUACUGUAGAAACUCGUCUUCGUCUGACAUAAUCUAUCCUGUGUCUGCACCGUCACCACCAUGUUUUGGGCCAAAAAAGUAGUGGGAGGUAUAUUGGAUGUUGUGAGCAAUAUUGAUCCCGGCCAGUUUGUUCCUUCUGAUCCACCACCUCCCCGGAGACCCGCAACAGCUCUCCAGGCGUCGAAUGAGAGCGAAGAGGACAAGCAGUUCCGCAGAGUUUUCCAGCAGCUCGCUGGAGAUGAUAUGGAAGUAAGCCCUAAUGAGCUGAUGGGUAUCCUCAACAAGAUUUUGACCAAGCAUGCUGACCUAAAGACUGAUGGCUUCUCAAUUGAGUCUUGCAGGAGCAUGGUGGCAGUAAUGGAUAGUGACAGCUCUGGAAAGUUGGGCUUUACAGAAUUCAAAUACAUGUGGAACAAUAUAAAGAGGUGGCAGGCCAUCUAUAAGUCAUAUGAUACAGAUCGCUCUGGAACGAUUGGGCCCAGUGAGUUGCCUGCAGCUUUCAAAGCAGCAGGUUUUCCUCUAUCUGAUCAUAUCUUCCAGAUGCUCAUUCGCAGAUACAGUGAUGAAAGCGGCAACAUGGACUUUGACAAUUAUAUUGGGUGCCUGGUGCGAUUGGAUGCAAUGUGCCGUGCUUUUAAGACGCUUGACAAGAACAAUUCAGGAACUGUCAGGGUCAACUUGAAGGAGUGGCUGCAGCUGACUAUGUACUCUUAAAGAAAAAUGAAUCAUCAUUGUCUCACUUCAACAGUGAACCCAUGACUACAAGUUUUUUGGAUUUUAUUAAUCAUUAUAGGUAUACAGUCUCAUUUUUUGUAUCUUAUAACUUGUAUUAAACCCAUAAAACUAUAUACUUUAAAAAAUGUGUAAUCUUUGUACAUCUCUUAACAAAUCCAAAAUAAUUUCAACAAUUUCAGAUGCAAUUAUCUUGAAAAUAUCAAAUGGCCAAUUAUCUCAUAAUAUCUAAAGGUCAAAGCUAAAAGAUCCAAAUUGUUAUGUCUAAGAUAAAGACCUGGCCUAAAGAAUCAGGAGGCUGAUGCUUAAAUGUCCACUUCAAUCAGUUAUGUUCUUGUUCUUGUUUUUAUGUUUCAAAAAAUAAAUAAGGUAACAAAGGUU